GGCAUAAUCAAAAUAAAUUGUUGACACUUAUUUGUUGGCUAAACUGAACUCUCUUUCAAAUUCCAAAAGUUUGUUUUUUUUUCUUCACAACUUGUUUGGUUCUUUCCUCUUCCAAAUCUUCCAUUUUAACUUUUCUUUCUCACUUUCUUUAUGAAAAAUUCACAAUCUUUGAUUUGAAUUAAUUCUAGCUUUUAUGAAUUUCUUGGAAACUGUUGUUUCAAUUUUGGAUUUUCUUUAGUUAGUUAGUUACAUACUACUAGAAUUGAAGUGAAAUUAGAACUGGGAAAUCAAAAAGAUGAAUUUUUUUACUUCAUUGUUGUUUCUCUCUUUCAUUUCAACUCUCUCUCUUGUGGAUUCUCAAACUCUACCUCAAAAUGAAGUUUGGGCACUUACAAGCUUUAAAGAAGCUAUCUAUGAAGACCCAAAUCUAGCUUUAUCAAAUUGGAAUAUGCUAGAAUCAGAUCUUUGUAACUGGUUUGGUGUCACUUGCACUAUUUCUGGAGAUCAUGUCGUCAAGCUAAAUAUAUCGGGUUCAUCAUUGAAGGGUUUUCUUGCGAGGGAGUUGGGGCAAAUUACCUAUUUGCAAGAACUAAUUUUGCACGGGAACAAUCUAAUUGGAACUAUACCGAAAGAGUUGUGCAUGUUGAAAUCUCUCCAGGUGUUGGAUUUGGGAAUGAAUCACUUAAGUGGACCAAUUCCUACAGAGAUUGGAAAUUUAACUCUACUUGUGAACAUAAACCUGCAGUCCAACGGGUUGACUGGUAGAUUACCUCCUGAGCUUGGAAAUUUGAGAUACCUUCAAGAACUUUGGCUCGAUAGUAACAGGCUUCAAGGACCCAUUCCUGCUAGUGGCACUUAUAGUUUUGCUUCAACUAUGCAUGGAAUGUAUGUUUCUAGAGAGAAUGCAACUGGCUUGUGCCGUUCACCUCAGUUAAAAUUAGCAGACUUUUCAUAUAACUUUUUAGUUGGUAGCAUACCAAAAUGCCUGGAGUAUCUUCCAAGGUUAAGCUUUCAAGGAAACUGCCUCCAGAGCAAUGAUCCAAAGCAGCGGCCUUCCACACAAUGUGGUGGUGCUUCACCUGCCAAGAGUCAGCCAGUCGCCAGCAACGAAUACCACCAAAUAGCUGAUCAUGCACGCAAACAUCACGGAGCUUCGGAACCUACUUGGCUUUUGGCUCUAGAAAUAGUAGCAGGAACUAUGGUCGGUUCUCUCUUUCUAGUUGCGGCUCUCGCUACUGUUCAAAGAUGCAACAACAAAUCAUCUAUCAUUAUUCCUUGGAAAAAAUCUUCCAGCCUGAAAGAUCACACUGCAGUAUAUAUAGGUUCAGUUUCUUUGUUUUAUACUUUCUAUUUAUGUCGAACAGUUCGAGUUUGUUUUGAAGUUAAUAAUUGGAUUGCAGACCCGGAUAUGCUAAAGGAUGUGAGAAGGUAUAGCAGACAAGAGCUUGAAGAGGCGUGCGAAGACUUCAGCAACAUAAUUGGGUCCUCACCGGACAGUGUGGUCUACAAGGGAACCAUGAAAGGUGGACCUGAGAUCGCUGUAAUUUCUCUCUGCAUCAAGGAGGAGAGUUGGACAGGAUAUCUGGAACUCUACUUCCAGAGAGAGGUGGCAGAAUUGGCAAAGUUAGAUCAUGAGAAUACUGGAAAACUACUGGGAUAUUGUAGAGAGAGCAAUCCGUUUUCAAGGAUGUUGGUUUUUGAUUAUGCCUCAAAUGGGACACUCCACGAGCAUUUACAUUGCUAUGAAGAAGGAUGCCAGUUCUCCUGGACACGGCGUAUGAAAAUUGUCAUAGGCAUUGCACGUGGACUCAAGUAUUUGCACACAGAAGUUGAACCUCCGUUCACUAUCUCAGAGCUGAAUUCUAGUGCUGUAUACCUUACAGAAGAAUUUUCCCCUAAGUUGGUUGACUUUGAAAGUUGGAAGACAAUUCUUGAAAGAUCAGAAAAGAAUUCCGGUACUAUUAGCAGCCAAGGUGCUGUUUGUGUUCUUCCAAACUCCCUCGAGGCACGCCAUCUUGAUACCAACGGGAACGUACAUGCUUUUGGAGUACUUCUACUAGAGAUAAUCAGUGGGCGGCUUCCACACUGUAAGGAGAAAGGUUACUUGGUAGAUUGGGCGAAAGACUAUCUUGAAAAGCCAGAAGUAAUGUCACAUUUGGUGAAUCCUGAACUGAAGAAUUUUAGACAGGAUGACCUCAAAGUGAUAUGCGAGGUGAUAGCUCUAUGUAUCAAUCCUGAUACAGCUGUGCGUCCAUCUAUGCGGGAAUUAUAUAGCAUGCUGGAGAGCAGAAUCGACACAACAGUAAGCGUGGAUCUCAAGUCGACGUCAUCUUUGGCUUGGGCUGAACUUGCACUUUUAUCAUAAUAGUAAUAAUAUAGCCACACUCAAAACUAACAAUUAAAGCAUAGAUACAAACAAAUAAUAAUUUUCCUCUUCAAUUUUAUUUCUAUUGUAAAUGAUUGCUCAAAAAGAGUAUGUGUUAGGCUUUAAGUACAGCAAGGGUCUCAUUGUAUAGCAGUAGCCUAUUUGUAGAACUUGCAGAAAUUGUUAAAUAGAAGAAGAUUGUAUUGGACAA